CACAUGUUCAAGGUCUGCAGACUGUGACAAGGAGGGACCACUCCACAUGAGAGCAGAAAGAAGCAUUUAGAACUUUUUUACAUCUUUCUGUUCCUUUUUUAUGUAUGUGAAUGUGUGGGAAUACUGCUGUGUGCUGAAGGGUCUGUGGUUCGUGGACUGCAUGGUACUCAUCAUUGUGUGUACCACCUAGGACUGCAGGGAGGGACGAAGAAUCUGGGUGAAGUAAACCUGCUCUCAUCAUUCAAUGGAACAUUUAGCCUGAACUGUGAAGCAUGUGUACACAUGCAUCUAAAUGUGUCUUUGUGUCUCAAAAAACAUGCUGUAUUUAAUCAGAAGUUUAUUUUCAUAUAUUUGAGAUUGAACUUGUGUCUGGAGGCACCCUUCAUUACUAGGUCUUUUGUUCUUUGCGCCUGCUCUGUCCACUAAAGUCGCUUGUUAGCUUGCUCAGCCGCUUUUGUGCAGAAAGGAUGCAUUUGCGUGUCCUCUCCCUCCUCUUUCUGCUCUUCAUCUCAUACCCCUGUGUCUUUGCUGGGAUGGACUCCUGUCACGACGAGCAUGGCACACCAAGCCUCUGCAUGCCCAAGUUCGAGAAUGCGGCGUUCAACCGCACCGUGACUGUUUCGAACACUUGCGGCUCACCGCCUGAGGACUACUGCAUGCAGACGGGCUCCACGCGCUUAUGCCAUCACUGCAAUGCUUGGGACCCCGAGACCAGCCGCAAUGCCACCUACCUGACGGACUUCCACACUGACGAGGAACCAACCUGGUGGCAAAGCCAGUCCAUGUUCUAUGGGGUGCAGUACCCCAACUCUAUCAACCUGACCCUUCACUUAGGUAAGGCCUUUGAGAUCACAUACGUCCACUUGAAGUUCUACACCAGCCGGCCUGAAAGCUUUGCCAUCUACAAGCGCACAUCCGAGGCAGCACCUUGGCAGCCAUACCAGUUCUACAGUGCUUCCUGCCAGAAGACUUAUGGCAGGGAUGCCAAGGGCUACAUCCGGCCCGGAGAGGAGGAGAGGACAGCACUCUGCACGGACGAGUUCAGCGACAUCUCGCCGUUGACGGGAGGAAAUGUGGCCUUCUCCACUCUGGAAGGAAGGCCCAGCGCCUAUAACUUCGACCAAAGCCCGGUGCUCCAGGAAUGGGUGACAGCCACAGACCUGCUGAUCUCUUUGAACAGGCUCAACACGUUUGGAGAUGAGUUCUUUAAGGAUCCCAAAGUGCUCCGCUCCUACUUUUACGCCAUCUCUGACUUCUCUGUGGGGGGCAGAUGCAAGUGUAAUGGACAUGCCAGCCAGUGCGUGCCAAGCGAGGCUGGCCGUUUGGCGUGCGUGUGUGAGCACCACACAGCCGGGUCAGACUGCCAGCACUGCGCCCCGUUUUACCAGGAGCAGCCUUGGGCACGUGCCGCUGCCGACUCGGCCAACCCGUGCAUGAUGUGCAACUGCAGUGGACAUGCAGAUGAGUGUGUAUUUGAUGUGGAGCUGUACCGCAGCACAGGCAGUGGAGGGCGCUGUAUUGGCUGCAGAGGCAACACGUCCGGGGCGCACUGUGAGAGCUGCCGAGAGAACUUCUACAGAGCAUCUCCCCUUCAGCCCUGUCACAACUGCACCUGCAACACUAUGGGCUCUGAGAGUCUGCAGUGUGACAACGAUGGGGUGUGUUUGUGCAGGCCCACUGUGAUGGGGGUAAAAUGUGAUGUCUGCAAACCCGGUUUCCACUCCCUCGUCCCCGGGGGAUGCAGGUUGUGUGAGUGUGACGAGAGGGGCAGGGUAGGUGUGUGCUCCGCAGAAGACGGAAGCUGCAGUUGUAAAGCUAAUGUGGAAGGACAUGCCUGCAACAGGUGCAAGCCUGAGUCUUUUAACCUUCAACUGGUCAAUCCAGAUGGAUGUCAGACAUGCUUCUGCUUUGGCCACUCAGUUGCAUGUUCAUCCUCCAAUCAGCAUGUGGCCUUCAACAUUACUUCAGACUUCCUUCAAGACCCUGAUGGGUGGGUUGGCAAGUUCUCUGAACAUCAAGAAUCCCCCUUGAUGUGGAAGGAGGGAGAGGUCUACCUGCUACCGUACAGUGAAGAAGACACGGGCUACUACAAAGCACCUGAAAAGUUUCUAGGGAACCAGCUGCUGAGCUAUGGGCAACACCUGUUCUUGGUGUUUACGGCUGAGUCCUGGGAGUUGCUGCCGAGCAGUGUUACCGUGAUUCUAGAAGGAUCUGGAAUAUCGGUUAGUGCCAACCUGCACGCUGAGGAGAAGCCUGGUAGCCAGCUUGGCCAUUUGUUUCACAACUCCUUCAGACUCAGAUUAUCAGAACGGGAAGUAACUCCAUCCCUUCCUCCAUUUGAGUUUCAACGUCUUCUCAGCAACUUGACUGUACUACUCAUCAGCAAUGCAGGUGGUCAGAACUAUACCUCCCAGCUGUCCGGGGUGACCCUGAUCUCUGCGACCUUGGUUAAGGACCACUCCAGCACCCCCCACCAACCACCGGCCCCUUGGGUGGAGGCGUGCACAUGCCCGCUGGGAUUCACGGGGCAGUUUUGUGAGCGUUGCGCAUCGGGCUUCAGCAGGGAGACUCCUAGCAGUGGACCAUACUCACCCUGCGUGCCUUGUAAUUGUAACCAGCAUGGGACCUGCCACCCGGAAACAGGUGUCUGUGAGUGCACAGACUUCACUACUGGUGUCUCUUGUGAGCGUUGUCAGGAUGGUUACUAUGGAAAUGCACUGAUUGGCAACCCGAGUGACUGUCUGCCCUGCCCCUGCCCGGAUCGUACCACCUGUGCUGAGGUGCCAGAGGCAGGCGGUGUGGUGUGUACCAACUGCCCAGCCAGCCAGAGGGGAACCAGAUGUCAGCUGUGUGAGGAUGGCUUGUAUGGCGAUCCGCUUGGCUGGGGUGGUAAAGAACGACCAUGUGUGAGGUGUGAAUGUAAUGGGAAUGUAGACCCCAACGCAGUGGGUGGGUGUGAUCACGUGACUGGCCGCUGCCUGAAAUGCCUAGGACAUACAGCUGGGGACCAUUGUGACAAGUGCCAAACAGGUUACUACGGUAACGCUUUGGACCGUACCCUCAGGCCUUCCCAAAAGUGCAAAUCUUGUGACUGUAAGUCACCUGGCUCCUCUGGCUCAGUGAACGACUGCGACCCUGACACAGGAAGAUGUUCGUGUCUGAGUCACGUGACAGGAAGAGAUUGCGGACAGUGUGAAGCUGGCUACUUCAACCUGCAGCCAGUGCUGGGCUGUCAGUGGUGUAAUUGCAGUCCAAUUGGUUCCUUAUCCUCAGCAUGUCAGCCAAUCACAGGCCAGUGUUUGUGUCGGACAGGUGUGGAGGGAAGGUGGUGUGAUGCAUGUCGAAUGGGCUUUUUUGGCUUCUCCUCCAGGGGUUGCAGAGCUUGCAAUUGUGACCCCAUGGGUUCAACCUCCAUGCAGUGCCAUGGAAAUGGCACUUGCAUCUGUCGCCAAGGUUUCGUGGGUUAUAAGUGUGACAAGUGUGAGCUGAACUUCUAUCUUAACCAUGUAUCCCACCAGUGUGAGGAGUGCCCAGUGUGCUACAGUCUCAUCAGAGACCAGGCCUCUAAACUAAAAAGAAAACUGCAGGAUCUAGAGAGACUGCUUUCCAGUUAUGACUGCAGGAGUUUUAGGCACGAACUCUACAUUCGUCCAAGUCACAUGCCCCAGCCUAAGGAGAUGCAGAAUCGUGUGCAUGAGCAUCAGAGUGAGGACUACCUGCCCAAUGCCCUAGAAGAGUUCCUGGCCAUUCAAGAGGCGCGGGAGGCCUUCAUGCAUCAGUUCUCGCAGCUGCAAGUGGCUGUGCAGGAGCUGCAGAUACAGCUUGGCCACCUGGGCGAGGCCGUAAACUGCAGCCUGGCGGAGGAAGGUGAGACGGGGCGUGACGAGACAGAAGAUGGGGUGAGGCGGCAAGGGGGCAAUUGCCGAGCUCUCUCCGACGCCUUCACCGCUGCCAUGGAUGCACACACGCAGCUUCGUAGGAUGACUCUUGACCUUGACAGCAUGGUAAUCCCAUUUGUGAUGCCAAGAGGGCCGACCCAGUGGAACACUCUAGUGAAUCAGUCAGAGACUUUAGUGAAGAGCCACACAGAAAUUGCUGCUCAUAUUGAAAAGCUAGCUGGUGAGGCCCUGCAAGUGUCUAACAGAACAUAUUCUGUACUUCUGAAUCUCCUGGACGAUAAUUCAACACAGCUCCAUGUACAAGACCUCACGGAGCGACUGUCAGAGAUGCAGGUGCUGAAGGAGAAUCUCACACGCGAGGCCGAUAAAACCUUGGCUGUCUACCUGUCAGUGCAGGAGCAGACCACCAAGGCGGCCGCCAUUUUGCAGAAUGUCACCUCCAAUCUGCCUAAGCUGCACAAGGAGCGCACCGGUGUCAGCUCCUUCACAGCCGAGUUUAACACCACAAUGACUAUGGAACUGAUACAGAGUCUGGACCUGGCCAACAGAACUGCAGAGCUGGAUUUUCUGGUACAGUCAAAGGAGCAACUGGUAAAUAAGACCAAGGAAGAGAUGGAGGCUCAGCUGGAAAACUCACGCAAAAACCUGCAAACCAUUGAGGAGUUCCAACAGCUGACAGCCAUUGCCAAAGAGCUAAAAGAAAUAGCUUUGUCUUCCGUGGUACAAGGCAAAAAGACAGAAUCAGAAGCUUUCUCUCUACAGAAACAUCUAGAAGAUAUACAGAAGGAGUGGCCUGCCCUGCACACGCACACCCGACAGGCUCUCAAACGAGAAAGCCUUCUUGAUGAGAAGGUCCUGACAGAGGCCAAGAAAAAGGUGCAACAGGCAAAGAGAGCGCUCAGGCCGGCGCUAGACAAUGCCACGCUAGCUGGUGAAACAGCUGCAGAUGCCAAGCUCGCAGCCGAUGCCGUGACUAAGGAUGCCAGGGCGGCCCUGUCGCGAGGGAAGCAGGCAAGGAAGGAAUCGGCACAGCUGAGGGAAGCGGUAACAGAGGCUGGACGACAGCUGGCCAGACAGGAGGAGCGGGCUUCACAGGCUUGGGUGGGCAUGCCCGUCGAGGAGGCUGAUGUUUCGCUAGAGACAGAGAUGGACAGCAUGGAGAUGGUGAAGAGCCAGCUGGAGACUUUCACAAACACGCUAGCCAAGCUGCUCAAUCAAUUAGAAGGGAACGUGGCCGUGGAGAAGUACGAGCGCGUGCUGAACGAGACGACCGCUCGCCUCCUGCUCCUGCGGGGCAGCGUGGAGAGCCCGACGCUGAGCGCGAAGAUCCAGCGGCUGCGCACAGCUGGACAUGAGCAGCUGCAGCAGCUGGCACAGCUGGAACAGAACUUGCAGGAGAUCCGCGAGGAGCGUGACAGCCUGACAGAUAUUGUCCAGAACCUGCCCAAAGCAUGCCCAGAGAGUGGUCACUGA